AUGGAUAUGGAAAAAGCAACGAUUAGUGUAAAUAAGUUAGAAGGAGCCACUAAUUGGAACGUGUGGAAAUUUCAACUACGAGUACUAUUUAAGGGUCAGGGACUGUUUGAAGUUGUGGAUGGUACGGUACAAAAGCCGGAAGGCGAUGAAGAGAAAAAGAAAUGGAUCGAAAAUGAUGCAAAAGCUCAAAGUAUUAUCGUGAACCGUUUGUCAGAAAGUGCGAUGCUGCAUGUAAUAACAUGUGAGUCGGCAUGUGAGAUGUGGAAGCAGUUGUUAAGUAUAUAUGAAAAACGAUCGACGGUGAGUGUACACUUAGUACAGCAACGUUUCUUUGCAUUCAAAUAUGGUGGAGAAUCCAUGUCUGUUCACGUAGCGAAGUUACAAGAAAUUAGUAACGAAUUAAAGCAAUUAGGUCAAGAAGUACCGGAACAAAUGCUUAUGACAAAACUGUUAAUGUCACUACCACAGGAAUACAAAUAUUUCGUUUCUGCAUGGGAGUCCGUAGCAGAAGACAACCAGAAACUUGACGAGCUGAUUGCAAGACUCCUGAUGGAGGAGGAUCGAAUGAAGAACCAAGAGGAAUGCACAACAUCUGCGUUGGCUGCAAAAAGUCUGCAAAAGGAAUUACGGUGCCAUCACUGCGGCAAAAGAGGGGCACAUUAA